AUGACCGAACUACCUCACUACCUCCGCCGCCUCACUAACACACUUCUCCCACACAGCCAGGCGAAGAAAAUUGCAUUUGACGGAUUCUUCCGAAUCAAUAAGCCCAGACAGGCACCAACCACAGCCUCUCAGGAUGUCAUUGUCCAUUGCCAACCCCUGACGGACAAAAAUCAGGUCCUGGCCACAGUUCGAGGAAAAACUCCAAUUGCCUUUGAAUCAUCCCAAAUCUCCUUCUAUCAAGAUCAC